UACAAUGAAAACAUGUCAAAAGUAACCGAGGACGUGGUUAUUCUGGAUAGGGGUAAUUACACUACGUGCACCGUCCAUCUGCACGGCGGAACGAUCCUCUCUUACCGGGUGAAAAAUAAGGAAAUUUUAUAUAUGAAGCGUAAAUCGGAUUUCACGAAUUUUUCACCGAUUAGAGGUGGUAUUAAGGUGGCUUUUCCGUAUUUCGGACGAAGGAUUAACGGGCCUAAGAACGGGUUCGUUAAGUACGUCCCGUGGAUGUUGGUUAAAGGUCCCGAUACCACGGAGGAUGGUAAUGUGGAGGCGACAUUUGCUAUUAAAGAGACCGAGUACACUAAGGCUAUAUGGAGUUAUACGUUUAAACUGCAGUAUAGGUUAACCCUCUGUACCGACGAACUAAAAAUCGACCUCCAAGUAGAAAACACCAGCAAACACUUUCCGUUUCUAUUCAGCAUCCUGUUGCACUCGAUUUUCAAAAUGGAGGACGUCACUAAGUGCCAAAUCGUCGGACUGGGACAAUCGAAAUACGUGGAUGUCGACGCGAAACAUCCGCCCCAUUGCACCCCGAUGGAACCGAAUCCAGAAAACGACGUGGUGAAAAUCUCCAAGCCUACUUCACGCAUGUUCCUGGACACUCCUCCGGACGUUGAAAUUUUCAAUGUGGAUAGCAAAGGGCUUAAGUUAAAAAUAACCUCUGCGCACCCAUUAACUGAGACCCUGAUUUAUAGUCCGUGGGUGCAGGAAAGGAAAUGUUCAGAGUUUGAUCGCAGGGAGUAUACACAUUGUCUAGGGGUAAGUAACGGUCGUCUGUCCUCGGAUAUCCGACUGGAACCGAAAGAGACUUGGGAGGCCCAUUUCAAGGUGGAGGUGGUAAACGAGGCCGAAGAAAAGCGAAUCCAGGAGCUCGCGAACCUUCUGGAUAAUCCCCUAAGCCUCUUCAACGAGUCCUGUAAAACAACCGAAGUCUAUAAUAUUCCGCUUCAAUAAAGUUGUCUAAUAAAAAUUGAUAAAUUUCCGAGAUAAAAUAACAGAACACGA